UAGAUGGGUGUGUGAGACUUCGACACCCCGCAAACCGCUCAAAAUAAACCCGGGGAGACGUUAACGCACAUAUACGGCUGCCUCUCCGCCGGGAGAGGAGGAGCAGCGGGAGCUUUCGCUUCUUGGAGAGCGUCUCUGCGCGGGGGAACCGAGCCGGGCCAUGGCGCGGGACUAUGAUUACCUCUUCAAGCUGCUCAUCAUCGGCGACAGCGGUGUUGGCAAAAGCAGUUUACUGCUGAGAUUUGCUGAUAACACAUUUUCAGGCAGCUACAUCACCACCAUCGGUGUGGACUUCAAGAUCCGCACGGUGGAGAUCAACGGGGAGAAGGUCAAGCUGCAGAUCUGGGAUACAGCGGGACAGGAGAGGUUCCGGACGAUCACCUCCACGUACUAUAGAGGCACUCACGGGGUUAUAGUGGUUUAUGACGUCUCCAGCGCCGAGUCGUUCGUGAACGUCAAACGCUGGCUUCAUGAAAUCAAUCAGAACUGUGACGACGUCUGUCGAAUAUUAGUGGGUAAUAAGAAUGACGAUCCCGCCUCUAAAGUGGUGGAGACCAAUGACGCGCAGAAGUUUGCCGAGCAGAUGGGCAUCCGACUGUUUGAGACCAGCGCCAAAGAGAACAUCAACGUCGAGGACAUGUUCAACUGCAUCACUGAACUCGUCCUGAAGACCCGCAAAGAGUCUGUGGCCAAGCAGCAGCAGCAGCAGAGCGAAGUCGUCAAACUGAGUAAGAGCAGCAAACGCAAGAAGAAGUGCUGCUAAUGGACCGGACUCAUGUACACACACACACACACACACACCCGUCGACGAACGCCACUGAACUGACGAGAGCCAGACAGCUUCACACACGUAACCCCCCCGUGAGAGAUUUACUAAUGACGAGCCCGUGUGGACGCCUACAGACGCUGAUGUUUUAGCAGGAUUGGAUUCCAGCGGCGUCGCACUUCAUCGUCUUUUCUUUCCCAGAAGACGCUCAGAAGAUCUGCCGCAGGGAUUGUAAAAUAGAGAAUGAAGUGUUUGUCAUUGUCUGUGGAAUCAAAGCGACGAGACUGCAGUGUUCCAAGCAGGACCACACAUAAGUUGGAGAACAUCAUGAAUUUUUUACGUAUUUUAAUGCGCGUCGUCACAGACGGACCAAGCCUGCCCUGCUCUGCCAACUACCGAGAGACACGUGUUUUGCCUUUUGCUUUCUCUUUUGUCUUUCAUUUUUGUAAAACUGUAUUUUUUUACUAACAGAAUAUACAAUCAAACACACAGUAGCGUCUAGUGAAUCUGGUGCCAUCGACUGAAAGUUAGUCUAUUUACAGAGCUGGGAGGAGAUGCUCAAUCUCAUGAAAAAGCCUGGAUUUAAAGAAGUAAUUAAUGCAGAAAUUCUGCUGAAAAUGUUCACUCUCAGGUCAUCCGAGAUCAGGAUGAGUUUGUUUCUUCAUCAGAUUUGGAGAAAUGUAGCAUUGCAUCAUUUGAUCACUAAUGGAAGUGAAUGGGUGCCGUCAGAUUGAGAGUCCAAACAGCUGAUAAAAAC